UUUAAUAUUUUAUAGAUGAGGAAGGACGACUUGGACCUUCACAUGUAAUUUUUGAUGGCAGCAGCAAUGUUGGAAGCUUAGUAAUUGAUAAAGAUAGAUUAGGAUUAUCAAGCCAAAGUAAUUUCAGUUCAAUUCAUGCCAAUUGCUGUGUAUAUAAAGGAAAAUGGCAAUAUGAGUUGAUGUUAGGUUCAAAAGGAGUUAUGCAAGUUGGAUGGGCUACAAUUCAUUGUAAAUUUUCACAAGAGAAAGGAGUAGGAGAUACUUCAGAUUCUUAUGCAUAUGAUGGAAAUAGAAUACGUAAAUGGAAUGUUUCAGCACAAAAGUAUGGUGAAGCUUGGCUUACUGGUGAUGUCAUAGGCUGUACGAUAGAUUUAGACAAUGGAUCCAUUUGUUUUUACAGAAAUGGACAAUCAUUAGGAGAAGCUUUUGAUAAUAUACGAAUUGGUCCUGGAAUUGCCUAUUUUCCAGCAGUAAGUCUUGCAUAUAAUGAGAAUUUAGUUGCUAAUUUUGGUGCUGUUCCUUUUCGUCAUCCUGUUCCUGGAUUUCAUCCAUUGGAAUCAAUACCAUAUCAUAACAUUGCAAAAGCAACAAAAUUAUUUAGUUGGUUAAGAAGAUUGCUCACUUUGUAUAUAUCAACUGUACAGAAUAGAAUGGAACCCAUAUUACAAGAUGCCAAAAUUGUUAAUAAUCUAAUCAAAGAAUGUAAUAAAACUCAUAUAUUUUUACUAGCUGUUCCAUUAUUAAAUAAGUUGGGUCCAUAUUUGGUUUCACCGUACAUCAAUGAAUCAUGUUUUCUGUCAUUUCUUUUUCAAUUAUGUGGUGAUAUACCAAAAGAUAAUAGUUACAACAUAAAGGAAGUCAAAUCACCAAUUCUUGCAUUGUUAGAUAUGCUAUGGGCACUUUUAGAGUCUCAUGAAAUUCAACAAUGUCUUGAACAUCUCAUUGUUGCUCUGUUAACUGGUUACAGAUUUUCACCAGCAAUGAAAGACUUUUAUCAGCAAAAAUGUUACUUGAUAUUAAUGCUGAAUAUUCUCAGACAUAGAGCAUCAAGAAAAUUUCUACUACAAAAUGUUUUAUAUCCUUUUAUGAACAUACACAAACUGUUUUGAGACUUUUUUUAGUUUAGUUUAAUUAAAUUUUAACUUAUUUUAAUGGCUUUUAUAAAAUAUUGAACUAUUAUUUUUAAUAUUUUAUAGAAUAAUAUAUCAAAUAAUUUGUGGUAAUUACCGUAUAUUCUGGCGUAUAAGACGACUUUUUAACCCAGGAAAAUCUCAAAAGUUGGGGGUUGUCUUAUACGCCAGGUGCUGCAGUCAGCUGGGACGCCCAGGGUAUGGAUAGAAAUAGAGCGGCAUUGUGCCCAGAAAAGCAUGCAUCUUUCACCCAUCCGGCCCACCCUUGUAUGUAUCCUAUUAUCGUAUUGCUUUCUCUGCCUCUCAGAUCGCACUCUGAGGACUGCAGUGAAGCGGUGCAGGUGCGCAUGUGUGAGAUCUGAGAGGCAGAGAAGAAGGUACUGUACAGUACAGUUAUAGGAUACAAGGGCGGGCCGGUAUGUGAGACAUCUCACUUCAAAAUCAGGCUAGAAUCGGUCUUUUUCUUGAAAUAAAAAAAAAUUAUUGGGAGAAAAUAAUUGAUAGCGAAAAAGAUGCUGAAUUUUUCUGCCAAAUUUUUCCUACCCAAAAGGCCGAGAGAUGCCGGCACUUUUUCGACUUUUUUUUUUGAGUAAACUCGGAGCGCAAUAAAAACGUUAUUUAUUGCAUUUUUUGCAGCUCAAAGAAAUUGGAGAACUUAUAUUUUUUGAAAUUUUUUGAAACAUUUCGGAAAAAAUGCAACAAAAAAUCCACUAGAGGGCAUCUCACAGAAUCCACGUGAUCAUAGAAGGGGAAAUAGGAUACAAGGAUGGGCCGAUAUGAAAAUGUCCAACAGUCAAGUAUAUCCCAAACUCUAUAUUUUAACUGUAAAACGGGGGUCAUCUUAUAUGCCCAGUCGUCUUAUAUGCCGGAAUAUACGGUAUAUGUUAUCUAUUUUCAUAUCAUGUUCUAUAAUUUUUUCAAAGCUUUACGUUGAACUGAGCAGUUUUUUUUUAAAUUAUAUAUAUUAACUUUCAUUUAUCUCUAAUUAUUUAUCAAUUUUUAAAUGAUAAAAAUUAAUUUCAAUACAUAAUUCUCUCUGAUAGAUAAUGC